AUGUCUCGAUCGAACCCCCCUAACGCUGCGGGGUCCCGCAAGAUCUCGUUCAACGUGAGCGAGCAGUACGAUAUUCAGGAUGUUGUUGGUGAGGGCGCCUACGGUGUUGUCUGCUCUGCCAUUCACAAGCCCUCCGGCCAAAAGGUCGCCAUCAAGAAGAUCACUCCUUUCGAUCACUCCAUGUUCUGUCUAAGAACCCUGCGAGAGAUGAAGCUGUUGCGAUAUUUCAACCACGAGAACAUCAUUUCCAUUCUCGAUAUCCAGAAGCCCCGAAACUACGAGUCAUUUAAUGAAGUUUACUUGAUCCAAGAGCUGAUGGAGACGGAUAUGCACCGAGUCAUCCGUACCCAGGACCUUUCUGACGACCACUGCCAGUACUUCAUCUACCAGACCCUCCGCGCCCUCAAGGCCAUGCACUCAGCCAACGUGCUGCACCGAGACUUGAAGCCCUCCAACCUCCUUCUCAACGCCAACUGUGAUCUCAAGGUCUGCGAUUUUGGUCUUGCGCGAUCCGCUGCUUCGCAGGAGGACAACUCCGGUUUCAUGACUGAAUAUGUCGCGACUCGGUGGUACCGUGCGCCCGAGAUCAUGUUGACUUUCAAGGAGUACACCAAGGCCAUUGAUGUGUGGUCGGUUGGCUGCAUUCUCGCCGAGAUGCUCAGUGGCAAGCCCCUAUUCCCUGGCAAGGACUACCACCACCAGUUGACACUCAUUCUGGACGUGCUGGGCACGCCCACUAUGGAAGACUACUACGGAAUCAAGUCGCGCCGCGCUCGAGAAUACAUUCGAUCACUCCCCUUCAAGAAGAAGGUUCCCUUCCGAACCCUGUUCCCCAAGACCUCGGAUCUGGCCCUUGACCUGCUCGAGAAGCUCCUCGCAUUCAAUCCUGUUAAGCGCAUCACCGUGGAGGAGGCUCUGAAGCACCCAUACCUUGAGCCUUACCAUGAUCCCGAGGACGAGCCAACAGCACCCCCGAUCCCCGAGGAGUUCUUUGACUUUGACAAGCACAAAGACAACCUGAGCAAGGAGCAGCUGAAGCAGUUGAUCUACCAGGAGAUUAUGAGGUAA